UGUUUCCCAACCCAAGAUUUUCCCAUUUUCCCACCAUUAAUCUCUCUCUCUCUCUCACAACUGUGUCCCACACUCACAGGCACACAUUGCCAUUUCCCAGUGGCACUGAAGUGAGUACCAACUAGACACAAACUCUUCUUAGCUCUCUUCAACUCGCAAGCUACUUUGUUGUUGUUUUCUUCCUUGAUCUCACUCACUAACACACAUGAUGUCAUCAAGCUACCACAACCACCACCUGCAUUGUUGUGUUCUCCUCACAUUCUUCAUUUUCCACUCUUCUACUUCCUUUGUUCUCUCACAAAAAGGCCUUUACUUUCCAACUUCAGUUUUUGUAGGGCAAGAAAAUGGAGGAAAUGCUGUAAGGCUUUCUUCUAAGGGGUUAAAGCCAGAGAGGUAUAUUGGGUUUGAAAUUGCAGCAGAACCAUUUGAGAGCCCUCCAUUUCCCUUAGCUGCAGAGAGAACAAGAAGAAAAGACCCUCUUGAUGGCUUCAAAGUCUAUACAAAUGGAUGGAAUAUCACUGACCACCAUUAUUGGGCUUCAGCAACAUAUACUGCAGUUCCGAUAUUCGUCAUUGCAGCAAUCUGGUUCUUGGGAUUUGGCUUGUGCUUGUUGCUCUUCGUCUCUUCUUACUUGUGUCGUAAGCGUGAGCCUUAUGGUUACUCUUCAACAUGCUAUGUUCUCUCCCUUAUUCUCCUGAUAUUAUUCACAAUUAUAGCAAUGAUCGGAUGUGCAGUCCUCUACAUUGGACAGGGGAGUUUUCAUCGUAGUACAACGAAAACGUUGCAAUAUGUCGUAGAUCAAGCCAAUUCUGCCCAGGACAAACUCAGGAGUGUCUCGGAUAAUCUUGUUCAAGCAAAGCAGGUUGGAAUUGAUAGAGUUUUUCUCCCGGCUAAUGUUCAAACCGAUAUUGAUGCGGCGCAAACAAAGAUCAAUGCUGCAGCUGGCACACUUGCUGAGCAAACAAAGGAGAACUCCGACAACAUACAAGAUCUCUUAGAUUCUGUGAGGAUGGCACUUAUCAUCAUAGCUGCUGUUAUGAUAGUCUUGACAUUUCUUGGAUUUUUGUUCUCAAUAUUUGGCCAACAGCUCCUUGUGUAUAUCUUGAUCAUCGCAGGAUGGAUUCUUGUUACCGGUACCUUUAUAUUAUGCGGCUUGUCCCUCGCUCUCCACACUGUGACAACAGACACUUGUGUAGCGAUAAAUCAGUGGAACAUGCUUCCCAGUGCCACUGAAAGCACAGCCAUGGAUGAGAUUAUGCCAUGCUUGGACAAAGCCACUGCAAAAGAAACAUUGCUAAGAAGCAAAGAAGUAACUUCUGAGCUAGUCAAUUUGGUCAACCAGAUCAUCACAAAUGUUUCCAACAUAAAUUUCGCCCCAAAUUUCACGCCUCUGUACUAUAAUCAAUCCGGUCCGUUGAUGCCGCUCCUUUGCGAUCCGUUCCGGCCUGAUCUGACUGAUAGACAGUGUGAUCCUCGUGAAGUGAGCGUAAGCAAUGCUACAGAGGUUUAUAGCAACUUUGUGUGCCAAGUUUCACCAUCUGAGAUAUGCAUAACCCAAGGACGAUUAACCCCUACAUUCUCCACCCAAGUUACCUCUGCAAUAACCGUCGCAAACGCCUUGAACAACAAUGCUCCUUCCCUUGUUCAGUUACAAGACUGCACCUUCGUUCUCGAAAUUCUUACCGAGAUAUCAACCAACCAUUGUCCUGAUCUAAGCCGUUACUCCAAAUGGAUCUACAUUGGAUUGGUUAUGAUCUCUUUCUCCGUUAUGUUCUCUUUGAUCUUUUGGUUUGUGUAUGUAAGAGAGCGAAGACACCGUUUGUAUGCAAAAGAAUCUAAAGGAUAUACUCCUCCGCGAACACCAGCACGGGGAUGGAUACCAGGACGAGCACAACCACCACCUCCACCACCACCACGACCGGCUAGAAGAUCGUUGCCAGCACCGGCGCCACGAAGAUCGUUGCCAGCACCACCACAGCGACCUGCACUACCGGCACCAUCAGUACAUGCGCUUGAGCUUGCUCAAGUCCCUGCAUGGGGACAAGGAUGAUUAAGAAAACUAUGUUACUGCCAUGUCCUAGAAUUAGGUGCAAGAACUUGUUUUAGCUACUUUUUGUGUAUUGUUUGUAAUUUUGUAACAUCUUUGUAUGACACUGACACUGGUAAGAAUUUGUAAUG